AAUAUUUUACAUUUGUUAUAAGGAUUACACACUUUCAAGACACAUGUGUUUACUUUACUGAAUGCUUAUUAUCUAUAGAUCGCAUUAGUUUCCAUUUAGGAGGAUCAAUCCAUCUGUUUUUCCCCAAUAAUGGUGGAGAAAUUGAUCGUGACUGUGUUGGUGACACUGACAGCAUCAUUACUACUGGGCUUUUCUCCCCUUGUGGAUUGUGAAACUGAAAGUGAGUCAGCGAGUCUGGGGGCCAAAACCAAUGACGAUGUUAUGGUUGUGGAUUCUGGCUUAUAUCCAGUGGAGCUUGACAGUGUUGCCCUCGUCUUUUAUGUCACAGCAGUCAACAUGUCUCCAGUAAAUUACACAGUGAAACCCAUGAUAGAUAAGUGCUGCACACACAUGGAUAGAAACGCCAACGAAUUUGACUGUGAGUCCAUGACCUUGACAUUAGAUAAGCCCGUCUUUUUGGGACCAGGGGUAAAACACAAUUUUACAUUGAUGUUCUCCAACCUGUAUGUGACUGAUCGUAUUGGUGAGUGCGUGAUAAUGUUGGAGUACAUGCAGGAUACCAACGUCCAACACACCCUCAAGUUUGAUACAUGUCUCCCCAGCAGUCCUGGAUACUGUAACUGGGUGCCUCCAAAUCUUCGAGAAUACCUGUUUGGUGUGACAGUGACUGAUUGUCAGACUGUUGAUCAGGACCGUCUUCGGAACUGUCAACCUGCCAAUUGUGUGCUUAAAUAUAAUGGUCAUAGAAACUACUACAACCCAAUCAGAAAAAUGUGUGAAAAGGUGCCAUCCUGUUCCAAGGUCAAUGAUGAUGGCCUUCCUGCUCAGGCAUACGUGCCGGAAAAGAACAUAUGUGUUGACCUGGACUCAUCCCUUACACGUGAGGAUUUUGAGUAUUUCUCUGCAGCUGCAAUGGUUGCUAAAGAACCUGUCAUGAUCAAAUUCACGCGCCAGGCUUCAGAUUACCAUGUGAAGUGUGUCCAUGGAAUAGUUGCUGGUGGUCGCUGUCACUGUACGGAAGGAUGGCAGAGUCGCUAUAUGGACCCGGCUGCCGUCCCGAUGGAAGAAAUGACGCAGUUAUGUGAUGUACCAACCGAAGGAUACCAUCUGUUCAUCUGGGGUAUCGACUGGGAUAUGAGGACAGACAUUAUCAUGACCUUGAUGGGCGCUCUUAUAAUGUUGAUCUUGACUCUGACCUGUCUCAAUGCGUACGAAUACUACCUCCGCCGUGGUGGUUUUCAAAAGAAGGAGGAACUGGGCAGAUUGAAGGCAGAUAUCGCGGCGACGUCGAGUGAAUUUGCUAAUGGUAGUGAUGAGGUCAACGCCAAUGAAGACCCUUUUAAUGGAUUCGUUUAUAACGAGAGUGUGCGGUCCGUCAAACCGGUGGAUGCGAAGGCAAAUUCCAAGUUCAUCAGUGGAUAUGCUGUUGCACUCAUGAACCAUUUUGCUACAAAAGACACCGAAUUAAGCUUGAGAAUUGGUGAUGUCAUCAAUGAUCUGAGGCGCACAGAAAAAGACGGUAUUCUCGAGGGAACAUGUCAUGGAGUGGUUGGACGAUUUCCCGAUUUCUGCGUAAAUGUUCAUGAAAGUCGGACAACACUUGAAUGAAACUGAAAUCUUGGAUGGAGCGGCCUGGUUCUGAGUGUGAUACAGGAGUGGAGAGGUCGGUGGUUAGCUUUUGCUUGCAUGAUGGACAAUAACAACACUGCUUUUUUACCAAAUGAGCUUGCCACUGCCAAGGUCAAAACCCAAGAGGCAAAGGGUACUCUAAGGAAAAUAGAUCUUUGAUUUUUGUGGAAUAACCUCCUAAGUCAUAAUCACUGAAAAAAUUAUUUUUCUCACAAGUCGAAUCAACAUAUUACUGACGGUUGACUUUGACAUCAAUGUAUUAUGAAAAGUUGUUUCUUUCAUGGCGAACGUAGUAAAGAGUACCCUAAGUCCUCGAUCUGCACUGGGUUGACUAUGAUUAACUGCAUGGACACGUCUUGGAUUGAACAAUUCAAGAUCAGACUUUUAAUGAAAGGAAUCACUUCUUGCACUGGACCAAAGCAAAACAUUGGAAUGAAACAUCCUUGGUGCACAGGAGAUGGAGCAAACUACUGUAAAUCGUGAAAUUUUUGCGGCGCUGAUUGAUUGCAAAUUUGGUGGAUAUCAUUUGGCUGUAAACAAAAAUAGUGCAUUGACUGAUAAAUUUGAAAAUGGUUCAUGAUAAGAGUUGAAAUUUUUACCAGUUUUAAGUUUGCUUUUGACUGUUGGUUUGAAUAAAUCAAACGCACUUGAAAUUUACACGGUUUACAGUAAAUUGUUUGUUGUGUGAUUGGUUAGUUGAUACAUCGUGAGCUAAAGAGGAUGCCGUAACAUUAACUGUUAGACAGUGCCAUGACAUUUUGGUGCCAGUAUUGGAACAGAUUCACCCAUCGGCAUUAGCUAAAAUGUGAAAGGACAGACAGAAAUGUGCAAUUUUGGACCAAGCAGGAUCGUCUCUCUAGCUUACUCAUAUCCGUCCAUGUGAAGAAUUUUCACACACAUUUUUAGCUCACCUCUGGGGAGCUUAUACAAUACCGUGGCGUCCGUCGUCGUCGUCCGUUUGCAGAGCAUGUUUCGUCACCGAAGGGCUAGAUGGCUAAACUUUGGUGUGAUGGUAGCUUUGGGCAAUAUGCCCAGACUUAUUUUUCUUUUUCGCGAUUUGACCCACUUUCUGGCCUCCAGGCAGCCAUCUUGGAAAUUGUUUUUGCCUUUUUGAAGCUAAUGGUUGUACGUAAGGUUAAAUGACAUAAUAGUCACCCGGUUUUUUAUUUGACCUACUUUUCAAGGUCACAAAGGUCAGAGUUCACUUAUCACUAAAUCACCGAUAGGUGGCACGUUUCGUUUCUUGUGAGGAAAUGUAUCUAGGGACCUUCUAUUCUACCCCAAAAAUUUGUCCCGCUCAGACUUCUAAUAUGGCCGCCAGGCGGCCAUCUUGAAAAUUAAAUAAAGUCGGAUUGCAACCAAAUUUCAUGUGAUUGUAUAUCUAUGUACUCUCUACAACAUCCCUGACUUUCAGUCAAAUCCAUCAACCAAUAUGGCCGCCAGGUGGCCAUCUUGAAAAUUUAACAAAGUCCUAUUAUUCGAAACUAACAAUCAGAUUGCAACCAAACUUCAUGUGAUAAUGUAUCUAUGUACUCUUUUCAAUAUCCCUAAUUAUCCGAGAAGAAAAAUAUUAUUCAAUGGAAUCAAAACUGGUGAAACUAACCAGAAACUGUUCUCCCCAUAUCCACUACAAAUGACAUGCAUUACAUUACCCGAGGUGAGCACAGCACAUGGUCCCUGGACCAUUUCAUUC